AUGAACACAUGGACCAGCGACAACAAACUCCCUGGGUCGUCAGGGAAGGCAGAUUCACGCCGAUAUCCUUCUGUACCUGGGUCCUUCUUCGUGUCAAGCCGUCCCGACGGGACCUUGAGCCGGGAAGAGCAUCAUAAUUAUUAUGAGACGGAGCGUGGGCCGUUGCGCAUGGUGCUUGAUUUCUUCCCUGUUCGUCAACAGUAUAAAGGCGGGGAUUGGAUCCGCCGUGGUGCUGCGGUGUACGACGCGGCAGACAUUUCUUGCUUUGAGGACUCGAGAUACACCACUCUACGCGAGAAUCGUUCUUCCCAGGAGAGCGUCUUGCUAGACAGUGGCCUAGAUUUCAUGGAUCGUCGAAUCUUCAAGACCUUGACAACGCGGGGUAGAUGCGAUGGGUCCACACUAGUGAUCAUGGCCGUCACCUUUGUCGUGCAGAAGGAUCUGGCUUUGCCUGGCCACAGAGCUCUGCACUUGGUAUGA